GUGGACACACAAGAGUUAACUGGCGGGUGUGACAGGCGGACCGCCCUCAGGAAGUGUUACUCACUGGGGAUGUGCGUGCCUUGCCUUGGGACUGGAUUCUCUUCCUGAAGCGAAGGAGCUCCCAGCCAUGGAAAGCCCUGGAGAGUCAGGCGCGGGCUCUCCUGGAGCCCCCAGCCCGUCCAGCUUCACUACUGGGCACCUGGCGAGAGAAAAGCCAGCCCAGGACCCACUGUAUGACGUGCCCAGUGCCAGCGGCGGGCAGGCAGGCGGGCCGCAGCGGCCAGGGCGCGUUGUGAGCCUGCGGGAGCGCCUGCUGCUCACCCGGCCCGUGUGGCUGCAGCUGCAAGCCAACGCAGCGGCCGCACUGCACAUGCUGAGGACCGAGCCCCCAGGGACGUUCCUCGUGCGGAAAUCUAACACCCGCCAGUGCCAGGCCCUGUGCAUGCGGUUGCCUGAAGCCAGCGGCCCCUCCUUCGUCUCCAGCCACUACAUCCUGGAGAGCCCUGGCGGCGUCUCCUUGGAGGGCUCGGAGCUCAUGUUCCCGGACCUAGUCCAGCUCAUCUGUGCCUACUGCCACACCCGGGACAUCCUUCUCCUCCCGCUGCAGCUCCCCAGAGCCAUCCACCGCGCAGCCACCCACAAAGAGCUGGAGGCCAUCUCACAUCUGGGCAUUGAGUUCUGGAGCUCCUCCCUCAACAUCAAGGCUCAGCGGGGCCCGGCUGGAGGCCCAGUGUUGCCCCAGCUGAAGGCCCGGUCCCCUCAAGAGCUGGACCAGGGCACCGGAGCCGCCUUGUGCUUCUUCAACCCCCUGUUCCCGGGGGACCUAGGGCCCACCAAGCGGGAGAAAUUCAAGAGAAGCUUCAAAGUGCGCGUGUCCACAGAGACCUCCAGCCCCCUGUCUCCACCUGCCGUGCCGCCUCCCCCCAUCCCCGUGCUGCCAGGGGCAGUCCCCAGCCAGACAGAGCGGCUACCCCCUUGCCAGCUGCCACGGAGGGAGAGCUCAGUGGGGUACCGCGUGCCAGCAGGCGGUGGCCCUAGCCUUCCGCCUAUGCCCUCCCUCCAGGAGGUGGACUGUGGCUCCCCCAGCAGCUCCGAGGAGGAGGGGGCGCCAGGGUCCCGGGGGAGCCCAGCGACCUCACCCCACCUGGGUCGCCGGCGGCCUCUACUUAGGUCCAUGAGCGCCGCCUUCUGCUCCCUACUGGCACCGGAACGGCAGGUGGGCCGGGCGGCGGCAGUACUGAUGCAGGACCGACACACAGCUGUGGGCCAGCUGGUGCAGGACCUACUGACCCAGGUGCGGGCCAGGCCCGAGCCCCAGGAGCUGCAGGGCAUCCGUCAGGCACUGAGCCGGGCCCGGGCCAUGCUGAGCGCGGAGCUGGGCCCUGAGAAGCUGCUGUCACCUAAGAGGCUGGAACAUGUCCUGGAGAAGUCAUUGCAUCGCUCUGUGCUCAAGCCUCUCCGGCCCAUCCUGGCAGCCCGCCUGCGGCGCCGGCUUGCCGCAGACGGCUCCCUGGGCCGCCUAGCUGAGGGCCUCCGCCUGGCCCGGGCCCAGGGCCCCGGAGCCUUCGGGUCCCACCUGAGCCUGCCCUCCCCAGUAGAGAUGGAGCAGGUGCGCCAGAAGCUGCUGCAGCUGCUCCGCACCUACUCACCCAGCGCCCAGGUCAAGCGGCUCCUGCAGGCCUGCAAGCUGCUCUACAUGGCCCUGAGGACCCAGGAAGGGGAGGGCGCGGGUGCCGACGAGUUCCUGCCUCUGCUGAGCCUCGUCUUGGCCCACUGUGACCUUCCUGAGCUGCUGCUAGAGACCGAGUACAUGUCGGAGCUGCUGGAGCCCAGCCUGCUCACCGGAGAGGGUGGCUACUACCUGACCAGCAUCUCUGCCAGCCUGGCCCUGCUGAGUGGCCUGGGUCAGGCCCACACCCUCCCACUGAGCCCCGCACAGGAGCUACGGCGCUCCCUCAGCCUCUGGGAGCAGCGCCGCUUGCCUGCCACCCACUGCUUCCAGCACCUCCUCCGAGUAGCCUAUCAGGAUCCCAGCAGUGGCUGCACCUCCAAGACCCUGGCCGUGCCCCCACAGGCCUCGAUCGCCACCCUCAACCAGCUCUGUGCCACCAAGUUCCGAGUGACCCAGCCCAACACUUUUGGCCUCUUCCUGUACAAGGAGCAGGGCUACCACCGCCUGCCCCCUGGAGCCCUGGCCCACAGGCUGCCCACCACUGGCUACCUUGUCUACCGCCGGGCAGAGUGGCCUGAGACCCAGGGGGCUGCGACAGAGGAAGAGGGCAGUGGGCAGUCAGAGGCAAGAAGCAGAGGGGAGGAGCAAGGGUGCCAGGGAGAUGGGGACGCUGGGGUCAAAGCCAGCCCCAGGGACAUUCGGGAACAGUCUGAGACAACUGCUGAAGGGGGCCAGGGUCAAGCCCGGGAAGGCCCUGCUCAGCCAGGGGAACCAGAGGCAGACGGAAGCCGGGCAGCAGAGGAGUAGCUUGAAGUGGCCAGAAGGGUCAUUCGGGGCGGGAGACCCUGAGCCUGCUGAGAAAUCCUUUUAGCGCCAGCAGCCCCACCCAGGGCCCUGUCCUGUGUCUGCCACCACCUUUGUCUGAUGCUCGUCUCCAGGGAAGCUGGGGGAACUGCCACAUCUGAGGAACUGGAAUAAAGAUGAGGGGGCUUGGGGGACCCCCAGACUGUGUGCCCAA